CUAUUCUUCGCAUUCAUCUUAAUGUUUUUGUCUUCCAUUUAGCUCAAUGAUUCAAUCAUCAGGCGAGAGGGCAGCAAUGAGCAGGGAACCGCGCCCGCCAUGCGCGGGCUGCAAGUUCCUGCGCAGAAAAUGCCAGCCCAACUGCAUCUUCGCCCCUCACUUCCCCUCCAACCAACCCCACAAAUUCGCCGACGUGCACCGAGUCUUCGGAGCCAGCAACAUCGCCAAACUCCUCAACGAUUUGCCUCCCAACUUGCGCGAUGACGCGGUGCUAUCCCUCGUCUACGAAGCCCAGAUGCGGCUCCACGAUCCCGUCUUCGGCUGCGUGGGCAUCAUACUCGUGCUGGAGGAUCAACUGCAGAGGCUCAAGUCCGAUCUGUCGCGCGCGUGGGGGGAGCUGAUGGGGUUGGAGAUGGCUGCGGGGAUGCAGGAGCAGCAAAGGAUGAUGAUGAUGAUGAUGAUGAUGGCGGCGAGUGGCAGCGGGGCGGUUGAUGAUUCCGGUUUAGUGACCGGUGGUUCGUUUGGUGGGCAGCUGGGAGUGGCGGAGGCUGCCGGAGGAGAUGAUGAGGGGUAUUGUGGAGUUGCAGGAGUUGGGGAUUAUCUCCCAUAGCUGAAGUGAGGAAGCCGAUGAAGAGGCUUACAUGCACUUCUACUGCUACUUGUAAACCUUCUUUCUCCUCCAAGUCCAUUAAUGGUUCCCAACCUCUCUUUUUAGCAAUUUUCUUAGGUGAAUUUCCAUAUGAAUAUUAAGUACUUUAUAAAUAUAAACUAAUUUUGAUUUUAGCAAA